ACAUUAUAUUCUCCUCUCUACAUCGAAAACCAAACGAUGUAUUUAAUCAAGGGGGCUGACAAGUCAAAAAUCAGAAAAAUCAUAUUUGACCCUUGACCGCUGUUCUUUUUUUUAAAAAAUAACGCCAACCAAUCCACACUUUCUGUCGAUCGGGUUUGCUUUUGUCGGAAUGCCAACGGUAUGCCCCGUUUGGGUUUUUAUUGUAUUUUAAACGAAUAAGGGUGGUGUUGGUGACCUGUGACCUGCCUCUGCCUUGGCCGCUGCCUCGGCCGUUCCUCUAGUAAGAUGGCGGCAGAGAGCAUGUCGGUGGCCGGGAGGAGCAGCAGCGGCAUCAAGGUGAUCGGGGGGACCAAGAGGCUGGCCCCGGCCCCGGGCCCCGAGCUUCAGGAGCAGCUUCCCGCCUUUGAAACUCCAGUACUUGUGGAGGAUGGAGAUGACUUGACAGACAGCGACGAGAGCCUUUUCUCUGGCUUGGAUGACUCGGGGAGUGACAGCAGUGAUGAGGGAGGAGGUGGUGACGGUGAUGAAGAUGGUGAUGGUGAUGAUGAUGACGGAGACCAUAAGGAGGGAAAGAGUGAUGAAGACAACGACAGUGGAGUUGAAGAGAAGAAGAGCAUGAAGGACAAGCUAAGCAAGCGAGAGAGCAAGAUCAGUAAAGCUGCCAGGAAAGAGAAGUUGGCAGAGUCCGAGCACAUUUUGAAGCCAGAGCACCUGGACCUUACCCCUGCAGCCGAUGAGUACGAAGAGGACACUUCAGAUGAAGAGGAUAUCCGGAAUACUGUGGGCAAUAUCCCUAUGGAAUGGUACAAGGACUAUCCACACAUCGGAUAUGACCUAGAUGGAAAGAAAAUCUACAAACCAAUCCGAAAUAAGGAUGAACUGGAUGAAUUUCUGGAUAAAAUGGAGAAUCCGGAUUACUGGCGUACCGUCCCAGAUAAGAUGACCGGCACUGACAUCCGACUCACAGAUGACCAGAUAGAUCUUGUCCACAGGCUACAGAAGGGACAGUUUGGAGACGCCAAGUUUGAUCCCUAUCAGUCUUCCAUUGACUUCUUUACCCACGAGACAAUGAUCCACCCGGUGACCAAUCACCCAGCUCACAAACGCAGCUUCAUCCCAUCGCUCAUCGAGAAGGAGAAGGUUUCGAAGCUGGUGCAUGCGAUCAAGAUGGGCUGGAUCAAGCCUCGCAAGCCACGGGACGACACACCACAGUACUACGACCUGUGGGCCAAAGAGGAUCCCAAUGCAAUCCUGGGCCGCCAUAAGAUGCACGUUCCCGCACCAAAGCUCAAGCUCCCCGGGCACGAAGAGUCUUACAACCCCCCGCCCGAAUACUUGCUAACGGACGAAGAGCGACUGGCCUGGGAGCAGCAGGAGCCCGAGGAACGGAAACUCAACUUCCUCCCCAAGACGUUUGGGUCGUUGCGCGCCGUGCCGGCGUUUUCACGCUUCAUCCACGAGCGCUUUGAACGCUGCCUGGACCUCUACCUCUGCCCGCGGCAACGCAAGAUGAGGGUGAACGUGGAUCCAGAAGAUCUGAUUCCAAAGCUUCCCAAGCCGAAGGAUCUGCAGCCGUUCCCCACUACUCAGGCGCUGGUUUACACAGGGCACACCAACCUGGUGCGUUGCAUCAGCGUCUCACCCAGCGGCCAGUGGUUGGCAUCAGGCUCGGAUGACCACACCGUUCGCUUCUGGGAGGUCUCCACGGCCCGCUGCGUGAAGACCAUCGAGGUGGAAGGGGCAGUGAAGAGCAUCGCGUGGAACCCGAACCCUGCCCACUGUCUGGUGGCUUUAGCUGUUGAGCAGUCGGUGAUUAUCAUCAACCCCAGCCUGGGUGACCGGCUGCUGUACAGUGCGACGGACCAGCUGAUGGCCGCCUUUGAGAAGCCGGAGGAGGAGGCCCCUCAGCCGGCCGAGUGGGCAGCUGCAGAGGGAGAGGCCUACGACACAGGCUUCCGUCUCACCAUCACACACAACAAGCUGGUGAAGCAGGUGACGUGGCACGGCAAGGGUGACUACCUGGCCACGGUGAUCCCCGACAACGGCAACGCCCAGGUGCUGAUCCACCAGCUGAGCAAGCGGCGCAGCCAGAACCCCUUCCGCAAGAACAAGGGGCUGGUGCAGUGCGUCAGCUUCCACCCCGUACGCCCCUUCUUCUUCGUGGCCACCCAGCGAUACGUGCGUGUCUACAAUCUGCUCAAGCAGGAGCUGACCAAGAAGCUGAUGGCCAACUGCAAGUGGGUGUCCAGUAUGGCCAUUCACCCCGGCGGUGACAAUGUGAUCUGUGGGAGCUACGACAGUCGCCUGGCCUGGUUCGACCUGGACCUCUCCACCAAGCCCUACAAAGUGCUCAGGCAUCACAAGAGAGCUCUACGAGGAGUAGCGUUCCACAAACAUUACCCGCUCUUUGCCUCCGCCUCUGAUGAUGGCACCGUCAUUGUCUGUCAUGGAAUGGUUUACAGUGACCUGCUGCAGAACCCGCUGCUGGCCCCGGUGAAGUUGCUACGUGGUCACCAGAUCACCCGUGACCUGGGAGUCCUCGACGUUCUCUUCCACCCCACCCAGCCCUGGCUCUUCUCCGCCGGCGCAGAUGCCACCAUUCGCCUCUUCACCUAGAGCUCCCCAUGCCCCAUGCCGGGCCGGUUCACCGCAACACGCCAGGCUGGGGGGAGGAGAGACGGCACGGACUAACAGCGAGGGCACAAUCCGGACCCAUCAUCGUUACCUCGUGGUUACCGAGGACCCUGCCGGAUCAGCUCUGCGGUCGUUCCCCCACCCCUGACCCUCAGCUGCCCAGCCGGAUCACAGCCACAACACCGUCCCCUUGUAACCCCACCGCACCCCCUCCUCACAAUCCAGCCUGGGGGACAGUGCAGUCUGUGGUGAACCAAAGACUCACCCAAAGCCUGGACGUGUGACUGCCCCUCAUUCCCUCCAUCAACCCCUCCCCUCCCUCCAUCAACCCCUCCCUCCAUCAACCCCUCCCCCCUCUCCCCAACCCCU